AAACCCGACCCGGCGGCCGCGGCGGUUCAAGCCAUUUUGGCAAUCGGCCACGCCGUUCUGCUGUGCAGAGGACGCUCCAUCUGUGCGAGGGGUCUCUUCCCGAUGGCCCUUCGUCUCUCGCCAAACACCGAAACCUCAGCUCCUUCAGCGCCGGCGACGGCGACGACGGCGACGGAGGUGUGCGCCAUUUUAGCGAUCGACCACGCCAACCUGCUGUACAGAGCAUGCUCCGUCUGCGAGAGGCCUCUUCCCGAUGACCCUUCUUCUCUCUGCAAAUACUGCAGCCUCAGCUCCUUCGACCCGGGCUCUCCCCGUUCCAAGCGCCUCUUUCGCCUCCUCAUGUCUAUAGCGACCGACAAGAAGGUUUUCACGGUGAUAUGCUUCGACCGGGUUGCGAGGAUUAUGUUUGGGACGGGUGCUGACGAGUUCUUCGAUUUUGCCAAGCUUCACCCUUUUGCUGCCGUUGCAGCAGCUAGAAUAUUAGAAGGAGAGUUGUUCAGGAUGACGCUGUCCAAGCCCCGGAGUGGCAACGCUCAGCACCUACGAGUGACGUCGCUUGUGCCCAUGAGGUCCGGAUACCAGCCAGUGAUUGAGGGCUUGAGAGAACUGUACAGAGUAAGAGCUGCUUGAAUGUAUAAUAUCUGCAUCAUCCUGAAACUUCGAGCAUUGUCAUUUCACGUGCUUAGCUGGUAUACAUCAUCCAGGUAGAUGGAUGUGAUGCUAUGGGUUCAGCUUCAGUCAAUGUAUGUAGAUGUUUGUGAAUGCUGAGGAUAUUCCAGAUUAUCGAUUUGUCUAGAUUCAGAGGAGACAUGACAGUCAAGCACUGCUGAACUAGGGGUUAAACUAUGCAAAUGGGCAUACCGUUUGUUCAUGUUCUGAAAUAUGAGCAUUGUAGUAGUUGAAAACUUA